AUGGAAGCUCAAAACUCAAAAGUUAUUCAGUAUUGUGGAGGACAGUGCGAGUGAGCUAUAGUAUAUUUGUAGGCAGGAAAAAAAUAUGCUUAUUUGCCAAUCAAGAUGACUUCAACUAUGAAACAACUUUUUACCUUGACAACUUUCAUUAAUUUUGCUGCCAAUUUAGUACUAGCAAAAGAAAUUACAAUUUAUGAUAGCACAACACAAUCAAAUCUAGGUGACUGGACUAUAUAUCCUACUCCCAGUGCUACAGACACAUAUACAGGGUGGUUAGAAACUGGUGCAAGUUAUGAGCGAAAAUUCCAGGUAUGUCAAGUACAGUCGAGCAACCAAAACAAUUGGUUAAGAACACGCCACAUUGAACGAAAGGGUGGAAAUCGUAUCCAAGUGGAACUCGAGUUUUCCAUGUAUUCAUGCGAGGGAAUUGAUAAUGUGUUAUCCUGUAGGGAAACAUUUGACUUCUAUUAUAUUGAAGCCAAUCAGGAUUAUGCAGAUUCUACCAAUCCUGUAUGGGCAGCGCCACCAUACAUUAAAAUAAAACGUAUAGCUGCAGAAGGACGUUUUUCAGACCCGCAAAAUGAAAUUAUUAACACUGUGGUGGAAGACUUUGGACCGGUUACUCAGAACGGUUUUUACUUAGCCUUACAGGACCAAGGCGCCUGUAUGGCAUUGCUUAAAAUGCGUGUUUUCUACACAGUGUGCCCGCAAGUUAUAGAAAAUUUUGCAAAUUUUCCUGAAACGGUUACAGGACUUGAAGUAACAUCGCUUGUAUCCGUUGAUGGUACAUGCGUAGAAAAUGCGAGUAUUGUUGGUGCGACACAACCAGUUUAUCAGUGUAAGAGUGACGGGAGCUGGAUUCUUAUCCAAGGAACCUGUGCCUGUAACCCCGGUUACGAGCCUGUCGGCUCUAGAUGCCAAGAAUGUAGCAUUGGUAAAUAUAAGCCUGGCAUAAGCUUGGAAUUGUGCAGUCCGUGUCCUUUAAGGAGUCACGCAGAUUCAACUGCAAUGAAGAGAUGUACUUGUGAUGUAGGAUAUUUCCGUGCUCCUGAGGAUGCUUCUUCCGAUCCUUGCACAGGUCCUCCGUCUGCUCCAAGGAACGUAAAAGCCGAUGUGAACCAAGAAACAUCGGUGAUCACAUUAACAUGGUCUCCUCCAAAUGAUGAGGGAGGGCGCUCUGAUGUCACAUACUGGAUUGAAUGCCGGCAAUGUCCAAGUGAUGUUAAAUACACACCGGAUCGAGAGAACCUGAAUUCAUUGGAUGUCAACAUCAGUCGGUUGUCUUCGUACACAGAGUACGAGUUCCAAAUUCAUGCAAAAAAUGGCGUAUCAGAUCUUAGUGGUAUUGAUAGCUUUGCACAAAUAAAUGCAACAACUUUCUCAUCAGUUCCAUCAUCAGUUCGGGAAACCGUAAUAGCAAUGUCAUACCACGAUGCAGUAUCCCUAGAUUGGAAGACACCGCUCUAUCCAAAUGGGGAGAUUCUUGACUACGAGAUCCGCUACUACAUCCAGUACAUGCGUCUUUCCACAGAAAUGUUCCGUCUGAAGGCGGCUUCAAUUGGAGAGCAUCAAAACGUCAUCAUCGGGGAUUUGGCUUCAGGCACGGACUACAUCUUCCAGGUACGAGCAAGAACUGAAGCUGGUUUUGGCUCUUACAGCUACCCAAUAAUGGGAAGUACAUUAGUGAUAGAAGAACAAAAUUCUACAGAUGUCGGUAUCUUAGCGGGAGUACUGUCAACAGCGUUCGUGUUGUUUGCUGCCCUCGGAGCUGCUAUCAUUCUCAGGUUUUGGAAAGGACGGAAGAAGGAGGCCCCACCUGCUCAUGUUGGUAUCCAUACUCUGACACUCACCAAUGGAGAAUUACUUUUACCUAACAUCUGUAAACCAAGGAUCUACAUUGACCCCAGCACUUACGGGGACCCUGAUCGUGCUCUGCAAGAGUUUACCACAGAAGUAGACUCUAGUAACAUUCGAAUAAUGUCUGUUAUUGGGGGAGGUGAAUUUGGCGACGUAUGUAGUGGUUUAAUGAAAACGCCAGAUGGUUACACACGUAAAGUGGCCGUUAAGAUGCUAAAACCUGGUGCCUCAGAGAAAGAUCGCACUGACUUUCUUAUGGAAGCAUCCAUUAUGGGUCAGUUUGACCACCCGAAUGUCAUCAAACUCAUGGGUGUCAUAACAAAAACUCGUCCUGCAAUGAUAGUCACAGAUUUUAUGGAGAACGGUGCUUUGGAUUCAUUUUUGAGGGAAAAUGAUGGACAAUUUACACUGCUGCAACUUCUUAGCUUGCUACGUGGCAUUGCGUGUGGUAUGCGAUACUUGUCCGAAAUGAAUUACGUCCACCGUGAUCUGGCAGCAAGAAACAUUCUAGUUGACCAAUGCCUCGUCUGUAGGGUGGCUGACUUUGGCCUGUCACGGAUUAAGGAGGAGGGCAUGUAUGAAAGUAGUGGUGGUGGAAAAAUACCAGUAAGAUGGACGGCACCUGAAGCGAUUACGUACAAGAAGUUUACGUCGUCCAGUGAUGUGUGGAGCUAUGGGAUUGUCACGUGGGAGGUUAUGUCAUAUGGAGAGAGACCCUAUUGGAACUGGGGGAACCAUAAUGUGAUAGAUGCUGUUCAGAAGGGAUACUGUUUACCGCCCCCUAUGGAAUGCCCAGAAUGCAUCUAUGAAUUAAUGCUUGACUGCUGGGAACGUGAUCGACUGCAGCGGCCUACUUUCUCCAGUAUGGUGUCCUCUAUCGAUAGAAUGAUGAAGAAUCCUUCAAUGUUACAAACCAAAGCCCGUCCAAGAGAUGAUCCAUUAGAUCCAAUAAUUCCCAGUCUUUCCCAAUUCCACUCAGUCCCAGAAUGGCUGGAAGGAAUCAAGAUGGGUCGUUACAAGAACACCUUUAUUGAAGCAGGCUAUCAUAGAUUAGAAGAUAUCGCGCGACUAUCCACAGCGGACCUGACGCGGAUGGGCAUCGUACUUCUUGGACAUCAGAAGAAAAUCAUGAAAAACAUAGAGCUUCUACGACAACAGUUAAUAUUAUCCCAAGCAACGUUCGUUUAAAUAAUACAACUCCAGCAAUAUGUAAAUGAGCAUCCUAGUGACCUUUCAACUUAUGCAAAUUAAUGCUUUUAGCUUUGCAAAUAAUUAUAGCUGCAACUUUUUUUUAAUUUCACCUUGUGCAAAAAGCAUAGAUUUUUAUAGCUAUGAGCUGAUGUCAUUAAACUGUGGUUAUACUAGUAUGUCUGGUACUGUGUAUUCUAUGUUAUCAAACACAGUGUGUGUUUGAUUGGCUGUCACAUAAUGGGGUGUCCAUGUUUGAGGUAUAUAUGGAGCUGUAAAAUGGUGAAAACUAACCCUGAAAACCGCCCCUGAAUUCAGUGCUGGCAUAAAAAUAUUGUAAAUUUUCACAUCAGGAAAAAAAAAAAUCCACUUCCCAAGCUUGAGAUUGAUGAUCAAAAGUGGUCAUGUUUCGUGCAUGGCGCCCGCAUUUAAAUAUGGUGCAGAAAAUAUAAGUGAUCCAACACAACUUUACGAUAGGUCGUAAGAGAGCUGCUCCUUUUAAUCUGAACAAAAUAUUUAUGAUACAUAUUCAUGAAAAUUGUAUAUUCAUGAGUAAGUAUUUACAUAUUUAUAAGUAUUACAACAAAUGCUAUGUAUGUUUAAGCCUUGGUUAGGCUAAUUAGAAUUAGAGAGAUUAAGAACAAGGUUGAUAGAUACAGUAUCAUGUAACUAUAUUUUCUUUUAACAAAAAAAUUUACCAUUUUAUCACCACCGAUCUUAGAUUUGUUAAUUUUGUACAAACUUGUAAGUAAAAGAUUAAAGUAUUAUUAUAUUGCCCUGUAUAAAUGCAUUAAUUCAUUUUUUAUAAGCUGUUAAAAACUUUUAGAUAUGUAUUAUUAUUAAGUUGCAAAUAUAUGUAUAAAUAUUCACUGUUGAUCAGCUGUCUUCUUAGUUAUAAUUGGAAGAUAGGUGAGAUGAAUUUUUAGACAACAAACACAUAGGUUAGAAAGAACAAUAAAUAAUAUUAAUAGACUUAAUAAAUGGGAAACCUGCAGUCUGUCUUUAUAUUGUAUUGGUCCUGGUCACAUGGUCUAAUAUAGUUAACUAGUAAACAGAUGAUUGGAACCCAUAGAAUAUUCCAUGCAGUUUUAUACUGUCAGUAUACAUAUAUGUGGAAAUUAUAUGAAUAUUCAUGACAAAUUACAGUAUGUAAAUGAGCCUACAGAUUGUGUAAGCCAUUAAUUUUUAAAUGUUAUCAGUCGUUAUCAGCCUAUAAGAUACUUAAGUAAUGUACAUAUUGAUUUAUAUUUAAAGCAACUUUUGAUUUAUUUAAAAUUUAUUUUAAUCCAGUUUACAUUUCUUGAAAGGGUGAUUGUUAAGAAAAGACAAUUGCUUCACAGACAGUCUUUUAAAUUGUUAUAAAGUUAUAAAGGGCUUUAUGUAAAGCUGGAAUGACUGAAAAAAAAAUAACGCUUGACAUGUGUUGAUGUAUAGUAGCGUUGUAAAGGGUAGGCUUUAUGUAAAGGGAUCAGGUUAUGAGCUCGGUUGUCAUGGAGAUAUUCCUUCAUUGUCAACAGGGUGCUUUUGUUUUGUGCGACAGAUUGAACCCAAUGGCUAGGCUAGUCCAGGCUAGGCUAGGCCAGGUGGGAUGGGUUCACUCGCCCAUGUACAUCCUGUGUUCUCUGCAAAACAUAGAUUUGGGUCAAACCUCAUCCUAGAAAUCAAAUGAUGAGAACUCAAUAUCGUUGCAUGCACAGAAAACUUUGUGACAUCAUUACUUCUCUCGUAUCAGCUAAUAUUGAUAUGAUCAAUUUUGAAGAGUUUUGAUAUUCAUGAAUUACUGAUUGUAAUCAGAUUUUUUAUAUCUGAAAUAUUAUUAUGAUGAUUAAUAUUACUAUAUGAAUUCAUCGUUACUGUUCCUAUGAGGAAUCAUUAAAUUCCUUUUGUUUUUUGUCUUAUUUUUUUAAACUGAUUGCAUUGUUGCAUUCUUUAUGUUAUCAGGCUCACACAACAUUAAAGAAUUAUUUGCAAUAACUACAUUUAU